GUUGCAACGAUAUCACGUUUGCUUUGGUUAUAUCUUACUAUUACUACUACUGUCAAGGAUUUCUGCAACAUCACCGUAUUAUCAAAUACCAAGUUCAUUGCAUCAUUGUGUAAUGGUCAUCAUUAUCACCUUCAAGUCAGAUGUUUUCAAGAAGAACUGUAUUGAAUUUUGAUAUAUAAGAAGCCAUCAAAAAGUGUACUUAGACUUGGUACAGAAUGAUGAAGGACAAAUGCUAUGGAACCUGCUGUCAGGUUAUGUAGGUUGAAACUACCUGACACCAGUGUGAGGUAAGCAAGCUAGUAAUGUUGGCAAGGCAGAGUGCUCGGAAACGUCAAGAACAGAACACUUGGAUAACCUUGACAUGUGACUCUUUUUAUUAUUCUAAACAUAGUACUAUAUGACCAUGAAACUCCUGUCUUACAGAUGUAGCAAUUUGUGGUUUUUAUGUCUAUUUUAUGGUAUGUAUAUGUUCAUUGUGCCAGAAAUGAAUGCAGGAUUUGAUGUACCAGAAACUCUUUAUCAAAUAUCAUUUAAGAUGUUAGAAUAAAAUACUGCAAUUAUUGUUGAAUGCUGCAUUAUUGUUACAUGACAUUAAUGUUUCGUUUGAUAAACUGUAAAUUUUUAUAUAUAUACUUGUAAUGUGAAGGUGAUUGUUUGUUAUAAGAAUAUUAAAAAUGAAACCAAAUUUCUGCAUAAAUGUGAGAGAGAUGUAGAAUCUUGUGAUAAAAGAGAAUGUGGUUGGAUUGCAAAAGAGUUAUAUAUUAUGUGAAUCUCAAGCUUAACUUGGUCCUAAUUGUGGGAGUACACUGAUAUACAAAGGAGUCAUUACUAUAGUUUAGAUGCUUAUAGAGUGGUAGUCAGACAGUCAAUCAGGGAUCUUAGAAUUUUGAGUUACUUUAUAACCUAUGGAUCUUUAUAUUCAGGUCCAUCCCUUUAGGUUAAGCCAGACCCAGAAGUUGUGAGUUAGAGCAUAAAAAUAAAAUGGAAGCUAAGGACCCAUUAUCAUUAUAUCCUGUCAAGCAGGAAAAUGAAAAUCUUAAGGAUAACCCAAAUGGAGUUACAGAUUAUAAUGAUGGUGCAUUGUCUUUACACACACCAGUUAAAGUUGAGGUCAAGGCUGACAUAGAAGAUUAUGAAUAUAUAGUCACAGAUGAUAAUGAUGGUUCAUUGUAUUUAGACACUUCAGUUAAAUUCGAGGUCAAGGCUGACCCAGAACAUGAGGAGUUUACAGUUGCAGAAUGUAAUGAUGGCUCAUCGUAUUUGGGUCCAUCAAAUGAGGUUGAGGUCAAGGCUGGCCCAGAAGGUUAUACAUCUGAUGAAAUUGCAAUUACUGAUGAAGAAUUUAAUAAGAAAAUUAUUGUGGAAGUUGGUAGAUACAAAAAAGAGAAAAAGUUCACUUGUACCGAAUGUGGAAGGGGCUUUUCACAGUCACAUAAACUCAAAGUGCACAUGAGAACUCACACUGGAGAGAAACCUUACACAUGUGCUGAAUGUCAGAGGAGCUUUUCUGUACUAUAUAGUCUCAAAGCACAUAUGAGAACUCAUACAGGAGAGAAGCCGUUUAACUGUACUGAAUGUGGAAGAACAUUUUCGCAACCACGUGGUCUUAGAGUCCACAUGAGCACUCACAAAAAUGAGAGUCGAUUCCUUUGCAAUGAAUGCGGGAAAAGUUUUUACGAUGCAAGAGUUCUGAAAGUUCACAUGAGGUCUCACACGGGGGAGAGACCUUAUCCUUGCCCUAUAUGUCGGCGUAGCUUUAUGUAUUCAGGUAAUCGCAAAGCACACAUGAGGACUCAUACAGGAGAGAAACCAUACACCUGUGAUGAGUGUCAGCGUAGCUUUUCUUACCUAGAAGUUUUGAAAAAACACAUGAGGACUCAUACGGGAGAGAAGCCGUAUGCUUGCACUGAAUGUCCAAGGACUUUUGCCCAGUUAGGUGGUCUCAGUGGGCACAUGAAAACUCAUACUGGAGAAAAGCCAUUUACUUGCACAGAAUGUCAAAGUAGUUUUGCAAGCUCAAGUCAACUGAAAAGGCAUACAAGAAUUCAUACUAGAGAGAAGCCGUACACGUGCAGUGAAUGUCACGUGAGUUAUUCUGAUUCACGUAGUAUAAAAGCUCACAUGAAAAAGCAUACGUAAGAGAUGUUGCUCUCCUCUGCAGAAUAUUUUUCAUCUAUAAUAAAGUUUUUAAUCAAUUUUGCCCCUCUGAAAUGUUUGCAUAAAAGGCCGAUUUUAUUAAAAGAAUCGCAAACAGUUGUGUGCACUUUGCUACAGUGGACAUUAGCAAUAAGGUUACGGGAAUUAACUUUGUCAUUAAAAAACUCUUACGGUUAUCAUUCAGACCUCUGGAGAGUGUGCCAGAAAAUGGUAAUUAUGUGACAAAUGAUUCGUCAUAAAUAAAGUUUAGGAAUUUAUAA